UACCCGUCCGAAGCGUAUCCAUCCCGCUAGUUUUUCCAGAUCACUCUAUCAAAAAUGCAGUGAAUCAACUCCCUAAAAUUUAAACCUAUCCAUUAACUAGUUCAGUUUUAUUUCUUUAGGGUUUUCUCUGGAUCUCGUUCUCUUCCGGCGUCGCUUGUUGCAACUGAAUCAGAAGCAGAUUGAAAUCGCGCUCCUUCGUCGAUCUCGUUCUCUUCCGCUGGUCGAAAAUGGAGAAGUCUGUCACUCAGAAGAGCAAUAAGGUUAGCAAUCACAUACCUGACGAUGCUUCACUCUCCAUUCUAUCAAAACUCUCUAUAAAAUCUCUCAAGAGAUUUCAAUGUGUGUGUAAACAAUGGUCAAUCUUAUUUCAAAACCCUUAUUUCAUGAAUAUCUACCGCAAUCAUAUCAUACAUACUAAUCAUUCUGAUUAUCAUGAUGACGAGGUAUCUCUCAUCUUACAUCAUGCUGUAGAAGUUAAUUCCUCAGAUACUCCCGGACACGGAUGCUGCUCCAAUUUGUAUUUCGUUUCUGGGGACAGAUUCGAGAACAUGCUCAAAUUUGAUUUUUCACUCCCCUUUCAAGUCCUUGGCCCAGUUAUUACUAUUAUCGGGUCUACAAGUAUCAAUGGCACUCUUUGUCUCUCUACUUUCUUUAAUGAUGAGAAACAUGUUGUAUUGUGGAAUCCAGCUACCGACGAAUUUAAUGUCAUUCCUCCUAGUCCUGUUGAGUCCUCUCCUUACCGGUCGGUUGUGGCUUCUGUUCAUGGAUUUGGUUAUGAUCAGCUUAACGAUGACUAUAAGGUGAUUCGGUAUGUAGAAUUUAAUAGUCUAACUUGCGAUGAAUUGUACUUUCUGGGUAUGUCGUGGAAAGAUCCAUUAUUCAGAAAUGUAUCCCUUGAGCCUUUAUGGGAGAUAUAUAGUCUAAAAAGCAGCACUUGGAAGAAACUUGAUGUUGACAUACCUAUGGUGUUCUGCCCUGAAAUUUCGAAUGUCCUUAUCCGAUUCUACCUGGAUGGAAUGUGUCAUUGGUGUGAUAAAUUUGAAAUAGACAAUGAUGGAUCAUAUUUUGUUUCAUUUGAUGUCAGCAAUGAGGUGUCUUUUACAACACCCUUGCCCUUAGACAUCGAUGAUACUUUUGAUCUUAGAUCGGCGAAGAGGCAUUUGGUGAUAUUAAAUGAGUCCAUUGGUUUGAUCACAUAUAGCCAGGAGAUGAAUACUCUUCACAUAUCAGUUUUAGGUGAAAUUGGGGUAAAGGAAUCGUGGACUAAACUUUUCAUUAUUGGGUCAUUGCCUUUUGUUGACUAUCCCGUCGAAGCAGGGAGGAAUGGUGACUUAUUCUUCGUAAAAAAAGACGGAGAACUAGCUUGUUUUAAUUUGGUUACCCAGAUGGUUACGGAGCUUGGUGUAGUAGGAUCGAUGAUUCAUAUGGUGAUUUAUAAAAGAAGUCUUCUUUCGAUAAGAGGAAUAAAUAAAUAAUUAUUAUUGUUUUGUUUUCACCCAAGAGGUCUAUUUAGACCUUCUUGGGAUUUUCAUUACGUUGUAUGCAAAGUGGCUUGUCAAUUGCACAUAUCAUACUUGUCAUCAAGUAGACAGAUUAAGAAACCGUUUGAUGAUAUGAAUUUUGCUUUAUCAAUUUUGUUUUGAAAAAUUUAUCUCUAAAUUCGCAUAUUUAUGUGGUUUGCAUUUCCAUUGUAACUUGUAAGAAUGAUCUUUAGCCUUUACUGAAUGACCCGCAAUUGUAACAUGUAACUUGUAAAUGUUGAUACUCAAAUGAGAAUAUAUC